AUGGGCACCCCUGUCCCCAAGGAGGUGCUGCACCUGGGAGGCACAGGGCACCGGCGAAGUGUGACAGAGCUCGGCCCGGUCCUGCCCCGGCUCCCUGGCGUCUGGCUCCUCGCGGCGCGGCUCCGCCCUCCCCCUUCUCCUAGAUCCCACCCGCCAAACGUCUGUCCAGGUGCAAGCUAUUUCAGCCGUCCUCCGGCGCCGGCUCCCCGAGGGAAAGGCCAGUGCCCGACGGCUUCCCUCCCCCUGGGAUGGCCAGGUCCCUGUGAAGUGGUGACCACUCCAGCCAGCAGGGGUGGAAGAUGGUACCAGCCAGGCCCCCGCCCGAGGAGCAGCCCGCCGCCACGAGAUGGAGGAGCCCACGCCCGAGCCGGUCUACGUGGACGUGGACAAAGGGCUGACCCUGGCCUGCUUCGUCUUCCUCUGCCUCUUCCUCGUGGUCAUGAUCAUCCGCUGCGCCAAGGUCAUCAUGGACCCCUACAGCGCCAUCCCCACGUCCACCUGGGAGGAGCAGCACCUGGACGACUGAGCUGGGCGGCGGGACCGGCCCGUGACCCUCCCCAGCCACCAGCCCACAGCCUGUGGCCGCCGGGAGUGGACGUGGCCGGGGGGGGCAGGCCUGGCCCUCACUCGCACCCACGGGGAGCAGGGGUCUCUGGGGCAGCCGGGCUGGGGGGGGCAGGAGGCCGGGGGUCCCGGCAGGGCAGGCUCUGCAGGGGCCGGGUGGUGGCCUUCCUGGGCUUCUGGGCUCCUUCCGGAACUGGAUCCAGCACGGACGCCCCUCCCCCACGUCACACAACACACAUCUGGGGGGGCGGGGGGGGGUAUCGUUGAAACGCAAAGUGGCGCAUGGAGACCCCCAGCGAGGGACCCUGCCCAGGGGCCUGGGCGAGGGUGGCAAGGGUGGAGUGGAGGCCCAGGCGCCUGCCUGAAAACGCACAAGAGGCUCACGGUGCCGGCAGCUUCCCAGCAGUGAGUGUGUGUGUGUGUGUGUGUGUGUGUGUUUGUUUAUUUGUUU